CACCGGGGCCCCUCACCCCCAGCCUCCUGCCCACAGUGCAACCAGUUCUUUGACCUCCUGCAAGACCUGGUGGACCACGUCAACGACUUCCACGUCAAACCCGAGAAGGACGCGGGGUACUGCUGCCACUGGGAGGGCUGCGCCCGCCACGGCAGGGGCUUCAACGCCAGGUACAAGAUGCUGAUCCACAUCCGGACGCACACCAACGAGAAGCCGCACCGCUGCCCCACCUGCAACAAGAGCUUCUCCCGCCUGGAAAACCUGAAAAUCCACAACCGCUCGCACACAGGCGAGAAGCCCUACAUCUGCCCCUACGAAGGCUGCAACAAGCGUUACUCCAACUCCAGCGACCGCUUCAAGCACACCCGCACCCACUACGUGGAGAAGCCCUACUCCUGCAAGAUGCCGGGCUGCCACAAGCGCUACACCGACCCCAGCUCCCUUCGCAAGCACAUCAAAGCUCACGGCCAUUUUGUCUCUCCCGAGCACCCGGAGAUGCUCAAGGUCCACCCACCUCCCAAAACGCCCCUGGGUUCGGCAGAAGUGCCCUACGUUAACGGGGCGCAGCUUGUGAUCCCCAACCCCGCCGCCCUCUUCGCUCCCCCGGGGCUGCCGGCGUUGCCCAUCCCUUUGGCCCCGGCACCGCUCGACCUCAGCGCUUUGGGCUGCGGGGCUGCCGGCGCCCUGCCCGGCCCCGUCUUGCCCCUCAACGGCGGCCCCCUGAACUUGGCCAAGAGCCCGCUGCUGCCCUCGCCCUUCGCGGCCGGGCUGGGGCUGCCCGUCAUGUCGCUGCUGGCCGGCGGGGCCAAGGCCGAGGGGGAGAAGAGCAGCGGGGCCGAGGGGCGGCUGCCCAAGACGGGCAAGGGGCCGGAAAGCCGAAAGGAGAGGUGCGAAAGGACGGAGCCGGGGCGGCCGCGGGUCCCCCCUGAGAGCCUGGCGCUGCUGCCGGGGGCCGUGCUCGAUCUCUCGGCCGGGGGCAGCCCCGAGGCGCUGCCGCCCGGCUGGGUGCUCAUCCCCCCUGGCUCCUUGCUGCUCAAACCCGCCGCCGUGAAUUGA